AUGGCGUCCAUGAUGGGAGGAGACUUUGUGGAGGCCUACGUGCUCAAGAACGCCUACAAGGAGAAGCUGAGGCGCAUGGACCAAGCCGAAGCGGCGGCGGCGGCGCUCGACGGCGCGAAGAGCAGGAAGGACAUGGAGGCCGCCGGCGCCGCUGGAGAGAAUAAGGCUGCUGUUGGUGGUGGUGCGAGCAGCAGGGGAGGCUUCUUUGGCCUCAUCAAGAAGAAGGUGCACCCCAAACCCAAAGCAGCGGCGGCUACUUCCUCUUGA